ACGGAUGAAUUGAAAUUAGAUCAUCGUGCGAAAAAGAGGAUCAAAGAGGUUAAAAGGAAAGCUAGACCAGUAUGACUAGAAGUAAUUGAGACAACGUUUGUCUUCUUGUGACGCUCGUCGUUAUAAACAGAAUUUGGAUAUGUGAUACAAGACCGAUCUUUGCCGACCUUGGAUGAUGUAACUCCAAAUUUACUGAAAAACUUGGUGAUAAGGCAGCUUGGAUCCAACAUGGUUACAGUAAAAAAUUUGAAUCCUUUUGGAAUUUUAUGGACAAUGUGGAUCGUAUUGAUGAAUCCAUAGUAUCUACAGAAGAAUUUAUAGAAAAAUAUGAAAAACCUUACAAGCCUGUGAUAAUACAAGGUGUUCAAAAUGGUUGGAAAGCCCAAUAUAAAUGGACUAUAGAGAGAUUAGUAAAGAAAUACAGAAAUCAAAAAUUUAAAUGUGGUGAAGACAAUGAAGGAUAUAGUGUAAAAAUGAAAAUGAAAUAUUAUGUACGCUAUAUGCUUAAUAAUGAAGAUGAUUCGCCCCUGUAUAUCUUUGAUAGUUCCUUUGGUGAACAUCCUAGGCGAAAAAAAUUAUUAGAAGAUUAUGUUAUUCCUAAAUAUUUCCGAGAUGAUCUUUUCCAAUAUGCUGGUGAACAUCGAAGACCACCAUAUCGCUGGUUCGUUAUGGGACCUGCAAGGUCUGGUACAGGCAUACACAUAGAUCCAUUAGGAACCAGUGCCUGGAAUGCACUGAUUUCUGGACAUAAACGAUGGUGUCUAUUUCCUACGCACACACCUCGAGAACUUCUUAAAGUAUCUGCAGCUGAAGGUGGUAAACAGAGAGAUGAAGCUAUUACAUGGUUUUCCAUUAUUUAUCCCCGUACAAAAUUGCCUACCUGGCCACAAGAUUGUUUACCUAUAGAGAUUUUACAAAAUCCUGGUGAAACUGUUUUUGUUCCUGGUGGUUGGUGGCAUGUUGUUUUAAAUCUUGAUGAAACUAUAGCAGUUACGCAAAAUUUCUGUUCUCGUACAAAUUUCCCAGUAGUGUGGCAUAAAACGGUGCGAGGGAGACCAAAAUUAUCACGUAAAUGGUUAAAAGUACUCAGGGAUAAAGAACCAGAAUUAGCAACACUUGCUGAAACUAUAGAUGUAAAAGAAGAUACUGGUGUUGCCAGUGAUUCUUCUAGUGGUUCUUCAAGUAGUUCUUCAAGUAGUAGUAGUAGUAGUCAAUCAGAAGAUAGUGCAGAUGACAGUGGUCAAGAAUCAUUGACAACACAUAAAAAGAAGAAGAGAAGAAAACUAAAUAACAGCCAACCCUGACAAUAUCAAGCAUUUGGGACCUACAGAGACCUCAGACUGUACAGUAUUAAUCAACAAUUAUUGUUUGUACUAAGAGUAAAUAUUGUAAUUAUU